CUCAGUCCCAGUUAUUCCUGGUUUAGUCCUGGUUUAGUCCUGGUUUAGUCCUGGUUUGACCCGCUGAGUCCUGCUCCUCAUCCCGGACUGGACCAUGUUGGCGCUCGUGCUGCUGCUGCUCGCGCUCGUGACGUUGGCUCAGGUGAUGCGCGCGCGUAGGAAAAGGCGCCCAGGUGAGCCUCCACUGGUGCAGGGCUGGAUCCCGUACUUGGGCAAAGCUCUGGACUUCAGGAAGGACAGCUUCAACUUUCUGGAGGAUCUGAGGAGGAAACAUGGCGACGUGUUUACUGUGCUCAUUGCAGGCCGAUACGUGACUUUCAUCCUGAACCCUCUGCACUUCCCCAGCAUCAUCAAACAUGGCCGACAGCUGGACCUUCACGAGUUCACCAACAUCGUGGCUCCGUACACCUUUGGAUACUCUCCCGCGAACCCAGAGCACUUCCCUGGGCUGAGAGAGCAGAUCGAAAAGUCUUUCCAGCUACUGCAGGGCUCACACCUGUCGCCUCUGUCUGAUAACAUGAUGAGGAACCUGCUGCUGGUCUUCAGAGAGGACUACCUGAGCUGUGGAGGCCAGAGCACAGAGUGGAAGAUCUCACAGCUGUACGACUUCUGCCUCAGCAUUGCGCUUGAGACCUCCUUCAUGACGAUGUAUGGCCGCACGGCAUUGGAGCAAAAACAACGCAACCUGGAGCAGAUCAGGCAGGACUUCGUCUUUUUCGACAACAAGCUCCCACUGCUCAUGGCUCAGGUGCCUCUGUGGCUCUUGGGAAACAUUAAAUCCGUGCGACAGAAACUUAUCGAUUGCUUCCUUCCGAACGUCAUGUCCAAGUGGAGCAGCCCGUCGCCCUUCAUCCAGCACCGCAGCUUCCUCUUCGAGCAGUAUGACUUGAGCAGCCAAGACAGGGCCGCUCAGCACUUCGCGAUGCUCUGGGCGUCAGUGGGAAACACCAGCCCCGCCAUGUUCUGGUGCGUGUACUACCUGCUACGCCACGAGGAGGCACUCCAGGCCGUUAGGUUGGAGCUACAGGAAGUGAUGUCACAGGAAGAACUGGAGGUCAGGCCAGACUCAGACCAGGUCCUUACCCAAGAGCAGCUGGACAAACUUGUGGUUCUGGAGAGCGUGGUCAGUGAGACCCUGCGCCUCAGCACCUUUUCCAUGAACGUGCGAGUGGCUCAGGAGGACUUAAGCCUCAGCCUGGACUCAACCUGGUCCAUCCGCAAAGGAGACAUCGUCAGUAUCUUCCCCCAUAACACCCACAUGGACCCUGAGAUCUACCCAGACCCCAUGAGUUUCCACUUUGACCGUUACCUUGACAACGGGAAAGAGAAGACGAACUUCUACAAGAGUGGUCAGCGCGUCAAGUAUUACCUGAUGCCGUUUGGCUCUGGUGCCACCAAGUGCCCGGGCCGAUACCUGGCGGUGCAGGAGAUUAAACAGUUUGUGUGUUUGCUGCUGCUGUUGUUCGACGUAGAGCUGUGUGACCCCAAAACUGUGGUGCGCCCGAAUCUCACCCGGGCCGGACUGGGCAUCAUGCAGCCCGCCCAUGACGUGUACUUCAGGUACAGGCUGAGGCGCCCCCUACAGGUCAGCACAAGCACCAAACCAAUACUUUGAAUCACGAGCCUCCAACCAAUCACACGAAGGUUUGUUUACUUUCAUGCACAAAUCACCAUACCUGUACCUGAACCUGUUUAUUAUGCUUUAAAGUAUCUUCUACUAAAACACAGUUAAGAUCAUUAUCUUUUACAAAAAAAUCAAUUAUCGUGACAUUACACUAAGGAAUUCCAUAACUGUUACCUAGCAACCAUAUGGUACACGGGGCCUGGAUUCCUCUAAUGUACAUAGUGAUUAAUAUUUUACAA